CUUCCUGAGUUUUAGUUACGUGCUGUUGAUUUGACUGUAGUUUGGAGUCGUCAAGACUCAGAACUGAUUAUAGUUGCGUACAUAUCGCUCUGUUGUCACUUUUUAUUUGUCAGUCCAUUAUUAUAUGACCUCUACAUUGUGUAAAUAGGCUGUUUCUAUUUUUAUAGCGAGACAACACGAUGGAACUUAAUUCUCUUUUAAUUCUUCUGGAGGCUGCAGAGUACUUGGAAAAAAGAGACAGAGGAGCAGAACACGGUUAUGCGUCUGUUUUGCCGUACAAUAGCGACUUUUCCAGAAAGAAAACGAAAGCCUCGCCGAUCUCCAGAAAAACUCAGAACAACAGGUCAUCACACAAUGAGCUGGAGAAACACAGACGUGCCAAACUAAGGCUGUACUUGGAGCAGCUGAAGAAGCUGGUGCCUUUGGGUCCAGACAGCACUCGACACACCACGCUGAGUUUGCUGAAAAGGGCCAAGAUGCACAUUAAGAAGCUGGAGGAGCAGGACAGGAAGGCUUUAAAUGUGAAGGAGCAGCUGCAGCGAGAGCACCGCUACCUCAAACGCCGCCUGGAGCAGCUCUCUGUGUCAGGAUCCAUGGAACGUAUCCGCACUGACAGCAUGGGCUCCACCAUAUCCACUGACUCAGAGCAAGAGGUGGACAUCGAGGGCAUGGAGUUCACACCUGGCGAGGCGGACAGCGUGGACAGCAUUAGCGACGGAGAAGAGGAGGACCAGUACAGCCUCCAGAGCAGCUCCAGCGACACCAGCUGCACAGCCACACAUUCCCACAGACUGCAGCUGCACCACUGUUAGGCGUCGUGGCCAUUUCCCACCCUGAUCUAGCUCCCUGACCAACGGCGCCCUCUGGUUACAUCAGAGCAAGCCACAAAAGCAGUAAACCUUAAACCCAUUCCUCUCCUCCCCAGCUGUCCAGGGGCUAAAAGCCACUCCCUCACCCCAUCUCUUCCAGGCCACUGACCCUACCUCAUCCUACUGUAACCUGCCUGAACCUGCCCCUGCUGACACGCCCUGCCCUCCCGCUGUCCUCACAUCCCCGGAUGAGUGAUGCCACAGGCUCAGAGAGUGGAGUUUGUGGUUUUUGGGGGGUUUCUAUGACAUGGACAGCUUUGACUUGUUAAUGAGAAAUCUGUUAACAUGGGCACCAUAUUCGGCAGCAAAAUAUCAACAUGUGGCAGUAUUUAAGGAUUUUGCAAGAGUUUUGCACUAAAACGUGAAGCACUUCUGUCUGUUUGGGAAUAUAUGCAACACUGGGCUUGUCAAAGUUAUCAGCAUCACACAGGAUCUUCCCUGUAUACGCAACUGCAACAAGAAGUAACCUAAUGCAGAAGUCCAAAGCGUACUGCACUUAAAACCGCUGCGCCGUCAUCACGUUACAGCACAAAACUCCAAGACAACAAUAUGGAUUGGAAGCAAACUGCUUUUAUUGUGCGACGUUCUCUGACACAAUGUGAAAGUGAUAAAUGUAUUCCACAUUCUGAGGACGCAGUACUCAUUGCUUCCACAGAGCAAGUGCAUAACUUUGCCCAUUUGUGUCAAAGUGAAGAAGUAACAACGCUGCAGCAGAUCUAAUGUAUAUAGAUGUACAGUUAGCAUCCAAAGGUUCGUGCCUCGCUCUGGUUGGCUCGCCUAACCACUCCCCCACACUACUGACCACUACACUAUACUGGUGUGGCUGGACUACUAUGUGAAACAAAAGGAGUUUCCUCAGCUAAAAACUCUACUCCCGAGUUUAAACGAAGAU